AUGCUCCCGACGCCCGACACCUCGCACGUGCCGUACGAGCGGGUGUACGAGCCGGCGGAGGACUCGUUCCUGCUGCUCGACACGCUGUCGUCGGCGGGGGAGACAGCCUUCCUGCGGUCGCGGUUCGGGGGUUCCGCGCCGGCGUCCUCCCCCGCGCGCGUGCCGCUCGUGCUCGAGGUCGGGUGCGGGUCGGGCGUGGUCGUGGCCUUCGUCAACGCGCACGCGGGCGCGCUGUUCGGCACGCCGGACGUGCUCGCCGCCGCCGUGGACCUGAACCCGCACGCGUGCCGGGCCACGCGGGAGACGGUGCGCCGCGCCGCGGCCGCCGCCGCCGCCGACGCUUCUUCUGCUCCCUGCUCCUCCUCCUCGUCCCCCGGCGGCAGCGGCACCUUCCUGGGCGCCGCGCGCGCCGACCUCGCGUCGCCGUUCCGCGACCGCUGCGUCGACGUGCUGGUCUUCAACCCGCCGUACGUGCCGACGCCGAGCCUCCCGUCGCCCCCCGCUCCCGGAGCGCCGGGCCCGUCGUCCUUCGACGACGACGCCUACCUCCUGGCGCUGUCGUACGCCGGCGGCCGCGACGGCAUGGAGACGACCGAGCGCCUGCUCGCGGCGCUGCCGCGCGCGCUCGCCCCCCGCGGCUGCGCCUACGUCCUGCUGUGCGCGCAGAACCGCCCCGACGCCGUCAAGGCCCGCGCCCGCGCCCUCGGCCCCCGCUGGCGCGCCGACACCGUCGCCACCAGCGGCAAGCGCGCCGGCUGGGAGAGGUUGCAGGUCGUCAGGAUAUGGACCGACGAGGAGCGAGGCCCGGACGGAGGAGGAGAAGCAGAAGCAGAAGCAGAAGCGGUGCCGGCGGGAUGA